CGUGUUUACAUUCUGUAUCACAUCAAGAUGUAGUAUUCUAGCUUCAAAAAUCAAACCUUUCACAACAUACAAAAUGCAGUCGUUUCAAACCCUCCAAUGGGUCUUCCUGGUCCCGGCUCUCCACCCCCUCCCCAAGGGGGAUGUUGGCAACUAUUACUAUGGACAAGGACAUCCCAUGAAACCUCAUCGAAUUCGCAUGACACACAACCUGCUUCUCAACUAUGGCCUAUACCGCAAGAUGGAAAUCUAUAGACCUCACAAAGCCAAUGCUGAGGAGAUGACAAAAUAUCACAGUGAUGAUUACAUAAAAUUCUUACGCUCCAUCAGACCAGACAACAUGUCUGAGUACAGCAAACAAAUGCAGAGAUUUAAUGUUGGAGAAGAUUGCCCUGUGUUUGAUGGCCUUUUCGAGUUCUGCCAACUUUCUGCUGGUGGAUCAGUUGCAAGUGCUGUUAAACUGAACAAACAACAGACAGACAUUGCUGUGAAUUGGGCUGGAGGACUACAUCAUGCUAAGAAGUCUGAGGCCUCUGGGUUCUGUUAUGUGAACGACAUUGUUCUUGCCAUCCUUGAACUCCUCAAGUAUCAUCAGCGUGUGUUGUACAUAGAUAUUGAUAUUCAUCAUGGUGAUGGAGUAGAAGAGGCAUUUUAUACCACUGACAGAGUUAUGACUGUCUCAUUCCACAAGUAUGGAGAGUAUUUUCCUGGUACUGGAGACCUUAGGGAUAUUGGAGCAGGGAAGGGCAAAUACUAUGCAGUGAAUUACCCUUUACGGGAUGGUAUUGAUGACGAAUCCUAUGAAGCCAUAUUUAAACCGGUGAUGACCAAGGUUAUGGAGAUGUACCAACCCAGUGCUGUGGUUCUUCAGUGUGGCGCAGACUCGCUCUCCGGGGAUAGACUUGGCUGCUUUAAUUUAACUAUCAAGGGGCAUGCCAAGUGUGUUGAGUUCAUAAAGACAUUUAACCUGCCUCUUCUGAUGCUUGGAGGUGGUGGCUAUACCAUUCGAAAUGUAGCUCGAUGCUGGACCUAUGAGACAGCUGUAGCAUUAGACAGUGAGAUUCCCAAUGAGCUUCCUUACAAUGACUACUUUGAAUACUUUGGGCCAGACUUCAAACUUCACAUCAGUCCUUCCAACAUGACAAACCAGAACACUAAUGAAUAUCUUGAAAAGAUAAAGCAGCGUCUUUUUGAGAACUUGCGUAUGCUACCACAUGCACCUGGAGUCCAGAUGCAGGCCAUACCUGAAAGCUCUGUGCAUGACGACAGCGGUGAUGAAGAUGAAGACGAUCCUGAUAAGCGCAUUUCCAUUCGGUCUUCUGAUAAAAGGAUAGCAUGUGAUGAGGAGUUCUCAGACAGUGAAGAUGAAGGGGAGGGAGGUCGAAGGAAUGUAGCCAGUUUCAAGAAAGCUAAACGUGUGAAGACGGAGGAUGAAAAGGAUGGGGAAGAGAAGAAAGAUCUCAAGGAAGAGGAAAAACUUAAAGAUGAAAAGUCAGAUGCCAAACGUGUGAAAGAAGAGACAAAAUCUGCUUGAUUUUCCUACAGCUUUCCCAAAUGGGGAGAUGCCAGGACAACUGAGCAGUCAUGAUUUUAUAUAUGCCCUGUACAGAGACCAUUAUGAUUAUAAAUACCUGCACGGACUAAAUUAUUUUUUUUGCCUCUGGCUGGACAUGUAUGAAAUGGGGCCUUGUUUUAUCUGCCUCUCACCGAUUUGACUUUGAAAACGCAACUAAAGUUUAGUAAAAAGGUUGUUUUUAUCACCAUUCCUCUUCCCUGUAAGCCCCUCACCCUAUUUUGUUUUGUUAAUGGGGCGGGCUCUUUAAGACAGUAGAAGAAUGCAUUAUGAGUACAUCCCUUCAUCAUCCCACUUCCACUAGUGCUUCAUCAUCCAGACUGCCCUGCUUCCAUGUGUUGGGGAGUAUACACUCCAUCCAGGAUGUUCAGAAGGUGCCUCAGACUUGUUCCAUUAAGGGGCCAUUGUAUCCUUACUAGGUGGGGGGGAUAUACAGUCCUACCUUCCCUUUAUCUAUUCAGGGACUUCCUGUUUGGCUAAUGCUGCUAACUUUCCUCCUGUCUCAAUGUUUAUCUUAAAAAAGAAUAAAUUGUUUUUUAGUUGAGUAGGAAA